UCGCGCUUAAUUUUUUGCAAUGUUUGUAAAGUCGAAAAGGCAUCUAUUCAUUCGUUUAUUUCCUUCGUCUUGAAGAUUCCCCCUUCCUCUUUGCAUUGGAUACGCGAUGGCUACCGUUAUAGAGUUGCCAGUUAUACCACCACCUCUGCGUGCAGGCUGGACUGCACCACAACCAUCCGGAAAGUCCAUUUCUCCUGUUGUCGAGAGACGACUCCUCCCUGCAGGCCCAGCAUACCUCGCACAUGUGCGCAGGGCAGUCCAUAACCUCACCUUUGAAGAGCAUGACAAACAUGAAGAGGAACGUCGACGUCUUGAGGCUUUGGCCAGCGGCGAGAAUGGCGGCACUGGCGAAGAGGACGUUGAUAUUGGAGAUGAGGAGGAGCCAGAGGAUCUGUUGAGCCUCGAUCCUAAGGAGUGGAAGAAACAAGAUCAUUAUGCUGUUUUGGGUCUCUCGCACCUACGAUACAAAGCUACUCCCAUACACAUCAAAGUUGCCCACCGAAAGAAAGUCCUUAAACACCACCCCGACAAAAAGGCAGGCGCGAUUGGAGACUCCAACGACGACGCUUUCUUCAAAUGUAUCCAAAAGGCAUUCGAAGUGCUCACCAAUCCCGAACGUCGCCGUCAAUUCGAUUCCGUUGACCCUUACUACGAGCUCCUCGAAGCUGACGUCCCCACCGCCUCUCAAAUAAAAAACGGGAGGGACCCCGCAAAAGCCUUCUUCGAGCAGUUCGCACCUGUCUUCGAGAGGGAAUCACGUUUCAGCAGGAAACAGCCUGUGCCUAUGUUGGGCAAAUACGGGGAUUCGAAGGAGGUUGUGGAGGGUUUCUAUGACUUCUGGUAUAACUUUGACAGCUGGAGGAGUUUCGAAUACUUGGACAAAGAGAUUAACGAGGGUAGCGAUAACCGAGACGACAAGCGAUACACCGAAAAGAAGAACAAGUCCGAGCGUGCGAGACGCAAGAAGGAGGAUACCGCUCGUCUGCGCCAGAUCGUCGAUUUAGCGCUCGGUCUCGACCCUCGCAUCAAGAGGAUCAAGCAAGAGGAGAAGGAGGCUCGUGAGGCCAAGAAGAGGGGCAAGAGUGGUACCCCGAAUGGCAUGAGUAAAAAGCAACAAGAGGAAGAGGAGAAGAAGCGAAAAGAGGAGGAGGCCAAGAAGAAGGAAGAGGAAGAGAAGGUGGCUCGUGCAGAGGCGAAGAAGGCAAAAGCUGCUGCUGCCACCGCUGCUAAGAAGGCACGACGACAGCAACGUGCGGCGGAAGGCAACGGCGACGCAUAAUCGACAACGGUGAACAGAUGAUGAAGAUAUGUCCCUUCUCUAUCACAUUCACGGCGCGUGGUCCUUAUCGUGCUUUCCUCUUCUACGUUCUUCUCUACAUAUUCUCUAAGACCCUUUAACCUUGUUUAUAAACCGCAUGUCUCCUUCUCACGCUUUCGUCACAUCAUCGACUCUUUUCUGGUCUACUAGAUUCAUCUGUUUGUGCUUGCAGUAUAGAUUCCUUGUUGUUCAUCCCAGACGUGAAGUCCCCUUUGUCAAUCCUUAUUCUGCGACGCCACUGUGCUCAAUUUCUUGCCCACGGGUGCAUGCGCAGCCUGGCUUCAGGAAGCUGUCUGGAAGGAUCGAUUAAUGUUCUGCAGAAGGCC